AUGGGGAAGUCCAAUAAGUUCGACUUCACCAACAAGCCCAGCACCGGCAUCAAGCUGGGCGCCUUCAUCCGCACCCAACUCGAGAAGGAAGCGGACAAGGUUGUGAAGGAUGCAGACAAGCAGACCACCAAGGCGCGCAAGUCGAGCAUUAGCAGUGCUGCCAGUGCAGCCAGUUCGGCGGAGACUCAAGAUGCUGUGACGCACACACUCGAUAUCAAAGUACCUGGAAAGCAGCUCGGUGAUGAGGGAGCACAAGAGGUUGCAAAGGGUCUGUUGAAUGUGUUACGGAGGGGCACAAACGAGGCGGCGGUCUUGCUCGAGGACCUCAACUUGACGGGCAAUGAACUCACGACCAAGUCGCUGGCACGAUUGGCGCCCAUCAUCGAGCUUGCGAAGCACGAUCUGACGACCCUAAACCUUUCCAACAACGCAAUCAAGGUGGGAACCACUCAAGAAGCAGAAGAGUGGGAGGAAUUCCUGUUCGCUUUCCAGGAUUGCCUCAAGCUGAGAAGACUGGACUUGAGUGGCAAUCCCGCUCUGGGAGCGAAGGGGCUUGAGAUCCUCUCUCGAGUGCAUCUGCUGGAAGAACCCAUCGACCCUAUUUCUGCCAGUGGUGACGCAUCAGUCCUGUCCCUGCCAGAAGGAUUUGACACCAGCGACCAGCCCACGCCUAAGACCGCUGAAUUUGGGCUCAUGGACUCCAUGGCAGCUGGCAAGGUUCUCAAGCGUCGUUGUGGCCUGCGAUCAAUCCCUUACAUCUCGCUGACAAACAUCGGACUCACUGAGGCAGGUGCUUUAUGGCUGUCGUAUGUCAUUGCCGACCACCACCUGCCAAGCCAAUUGAUCGACGCCCUGAAUGCAGCCCACGCUACCACCGCCAUCAAUGCCUACCAACAAGACGCGAACUCCAGAGGUGUUGACUGGGAUGAGCGUGAAUCAACACUGUGUAAAGAUGGUCUUCAGAUUCUGAAGAAGGCUGAGGCAUUCCGACAACAGACCAUGUUGGCUGAUCAAGUUACCGUUGCUAGUUCUGAGAUCCUUGGAGAAGUUGGCAUCGAUGCACAGGAUGCUGAAGCCGAAGCUAUGACUAGGAGAUCUCUCGAUCGCCGUCACUCUCGAGCUGCUCGAGGAGACCGUCGCACAAGCAUUCGGUCGAUCCGCAGCACUGACGGCGAGUAUGAGACGACAGAGCUUGAGGGUGCUCGCAAGAGACUUCAGCGAUCUGUCAUCAACAAGCACGGGGCAGAGAGUGUUGAGUUGUGGCACACAGCUCUGAAGGUCUUCAUCUACUCCCGGACUGCUGUGCGAGUUGGACCCCUAUCUCACAGCCCAUUCGAGAUCUACACUGGCGCUCCUCUCUUCGACUUCACCAAGUACAUGAGCCAGAAGCGGAGCCCAAUCGGCCGCCCAGUCACGCCAGGCAAUCGAUCCCACAACGAGAACAUGCGAUCCCUCACACCUGUCAAGCGCCGCGGUCAGGAUGAGAAUAGACGGCCCAUCACACCUCUGGGCUGCGCGAAUGAUGAGAACAAGCGUGCGUCUGGAAGCGGUCGAGGAUUGUCUGUUUCAAGCACCACGCAAAAGCAAGGAAGCUACGCCGCAACUCUCACUGCUAACUCCGGUGCUACGGCAGGCGAGCCAGAGCUGGUCAUUACUGAGGUGACCAACAGCCCCACUACACCAAAGCUGGUAUUCAAGCCUCAUCGCAAGGGCGCCUUUAGUGAAGGCGGAGAUGGGCAGGCCACGACGCACAAGCCGACUUCAAGCCACGGCAGCGACCUCCACGCUGUCACCAAGAAGCUGGAUGCUCUCGUUGUGAGAGACGACAACCCACAGCGGUUCGUGCGUUGGCAGGAGAAGCAUGUGUCUAGUCACGGCGCAAGUGCGUUCCGCGACGUUGACAUGCCUUCUCAGCUUCCAAAUCACUUGAUGGAGCGGAUUGCUGGGUUCACGAUUUCGGAGAGGGAGCGCAGCUUGUUGUCGGAGAAGCAGUUCCACGCUGCAGCGGCUUGGGGUCUCAACUUGGCCAACGUGGACGUUGAGAAGGAGUGGCGGAAGGAGGCAAAGAGCUCCCAGAUCUGGAGGUUGCUGGAGGGUAUUGGCUGCUUGGAGUAUGAGCGGGACUAA